UAUAACCGAACGCUUGCUCAUGCGAAAUAUAGACAGCACCAGUCGAUCCGGAUUUAAUAGGAAUGUGAUUCGAAAGCGAAAGCCUAAUUUUUCGAACACAAAAAUUUAUGUUGCAGUUGCACUGGCCGCCCAGUCAAAAGAUCAGAGGAGUCAACGAUUUUGAUGAUGGAAGAAAGAAAGCUGCGAAUGCCACCUCCACACCUACAGGGUCCAUUGCUUGUAAAGGAGAACACCUUUUUUGGAAAAAAAUGGCAACACAGAUUUAUCAUGGUUCUCCCGAAUAAGUUUCAAAUAUGUGAGAAUGAAGAUGAAUGUGAUAAAAGAAAUAUUAUGAGGGAAUAUAAUAUAAACGAGCUUGAUGCGUUUGAAACAAUGAUUCCUGGUAGUUCGAAAAAGUAUGUUUUUAAGUUAAUCAAUGAUGACAUAGAAGAAUAUUAUGCUUGUGAGAAUGCUGAAGAUUUGAGAUCUUGGACAAAGAACUUAGACAUAUUAAUAUCAUAUUGGAAAAGAAAAAUGAAAAUGGUUGAAGAAGAAAAAAAUAAUAAUUAUGAUGCUCCUCAAGAAGAUAACUUAAUGCAAAUAAGUGAAAGUUUACCUCGUAGCUCCAAUUCACUAAGCAACACCUUUCAAACGGUGGUUACUUUAAUCACAAAGGAAUACAAAGUUAAAGUUACGCUGCUAAAAACUGCUGUUUAUCAUGAUCUUUUUACCGAGAUAAACAAAGAGGCUAAAUGUCCUAACUGCAACACAUGCCAAAUUCGUGAAAGGGAGGCUAGACUAGUCGUCGUUAACCCUCAUGGUCAGGUGACUUUCGUGAAGAAAGAUGAAGAGCUUUAUAAAUAUUUUAAAGCCAAAUGUCAGUUCUUCUUGAUGGAGCAGAAAAAAAUGUUACUGGUUGUAUUUUUUGAAGAUGAAAAACUUUUAGGAAUUCCUGUUGAUUACAACAUAACAACAAACAAAAUCUUACAACUACCAUCAGUCACGAAGAAAAACAAACUACUUGGACAAGUCAGUGUAGGUUUGUUUUACACAAAAGAAGGUAACGAAUCUUUAUGUGCACCCGAAGAAACUCCACUUUGUUUUUUCUAUGAUGAAUCUGGAAGACCUCAACCUAACCCUGGAAAACUGACGAUUAAGGACAAGACGUUGAGAAGGGAAACAGUGCGACCUGAUGAGAGUUUAAAACGCCAAGUUGAAGCUGCUAAGUUGCGGGCAAAAGUGAAAGAUAACGAUUUCAUCAGAAAUCAGAUAGCGCUGGACCUGCAAAAUCGUGAGAAUGGUAAAACCGUUUCGGGUUACCCGCCUGAAACCGGGGGACUUGGUAAGCGAUCGUUAUCAUUCAAUGUAGUCUGUGACAUGGUCCAUCCCGUUGAAGCCCUAAAAAUUGAAAGAAAAGAGCUGGCUGUCCGUAGCAUUAAAUUAUCGUCAGGUCAAAUUAUCCAAGUCACAGCUGACGAUGAUGAAUACCAUGAUAAUACACCGGUAUACUCUUCAUCCCUACCGGAACCCUCAAUAUACGAUCCAGAACGAAAAUUAAGAAGCAGGUCCAGUGUAUUGACAAACAGACACGAAAGAGUUUCCAAUCGUGAAUCUGUUGUUUUUGACACAUCCGACAUGGAUCCUAUGACGUGUAUGCCAAUUAUUAACUCGGACUUUAACAUACUUAAACGCAUUGAUGGUUUAUCUCUAGAUAAGAACGAGGCUGAGGAAACUAUGGCCGCCAAGACACAAGAUGAAAAAAGUCCGGAAGAUCAAGUGACUUUAGCGGGUAAGAAGGAUGAAAGUGUAGAAGACAGAGAAGCACCGACUGAUUUAAGUUAUGGUGAUUUUCCUACGAAAGAAAAUAUUAAUGUAAAAGGAUAUGCAAGCGAAGAAGAAAUUAACUAUCCCGACGAUGAGAAGAUUGACACAGGUUGUGUUGAUCAUAUUGAGGAUGAUUCUCUGGUAUCAAAAAAUCCAGAGAAUGAGUGUUCAUCUGAUAAGAUUGAUAUUUUGGUACAUCCCGCUGAUGAUAUUGUAAAAGAAGAGCCGGAUAAACGUUCUCCAUCGCAGUCACAAAUUGAUCAAAACUUAAAAGAAAACACCAGACACGUGAAAAAAAUAAAACCGGAAGAGGUUUGUAAAAUGUGUGCAAAAAUAUCUGUGGAAGAUCGACCCAUCUUUGUGAAAAGUAAACACACCAUGAAAUGGGUUGUUGACAAUGCGCAGAAAGACGUGCGUGCCCAGUACAUAUGUUUGAUUGACACCCAUCUACGUCAUCAAGAUGGCUGCUGGCAAGCCGUGGAUGAUAGCUGUCUAUCCAACGAUUUGGAAGAUUCGCUUGAUAAAGGCACGACAAAGUUUAACAUUGGAAACAGUAUAUUUUGCACGUGGGUGCCAACUGAACGAGGAAAACCUCCAAAGUGGAUCGUAAGAAAAGUCCUGCGGAAUGACCCUAUUGUUAAGCAGAAAGAACCUGUCCAAGAGCCUAUCGAAUCUAAAAGUUCAGAAGUUGAACCUGAUCCUGUAGCCAUUAUAGAGGAAUCAAUGUUAGAUGAUUCCUCUUGUGAGAAGGACUUUGAUGGUCUUGAACGACCAGCUCCCGUGUCUACUGUUGUGAUUUUGCCUUCAGUAGAAAAGAUGAAACAAAAGGUUUCGGAAAUGAAAGUCGACGUGAAAAAGAAAGCGAAAGAUUUCGUUGACACAGUGUCUCAACUUGAUUUUUCUAUGGAAAAAGAAACAGAGAAGGGGGAGGGUGAUAUUACAUCAAAUGAAAUUAUUCAAGUAAGGUUACUGUACAUCCAACCGCUAAAGGAAAGCAUCGAGAGGAUUUGCUCGCUUUUUGAUCAUGCACCCUUGACACAGCGGCAUAUGAUUGGAGACGAUUUUCAGUCGCCGGACAUGGGACGACUAAUUCGAGGCGAAUUUUGCACUAUCAUAGCCAAUUUUCUCCGAGUUGGUCUGACACAAAAAAAUGUCAUCAGCAAGUUGUUUCGACGUUCUGCGCAGGUGUCAAUGUGGAGUUUGGUAAAAGAAUUUUCCAUAUCGUUUAAACGAAUCGAGUUUGUAUCGAUUAUUAAUCAUAUCGAGUCGUCUCGGUUUCUAUAUCACGAUGAUAUGUGUUUUCGAUUUUUCUUUUGUGAAUUGUUAAACAGAAGCACUGAAGAUGGAAGCGAAAAGUUGAUAGUGACUUGGUUUAAACUUUUCCCGCUAGCCUCACAAAAAGCAGCAAAGUUUUACUUGGAAAAUUCAUUUUGGCGUAUGGAGUACAACAUGGUUUUUAACUCGCUUCUCGAAGAAAUCAUCCUCUCUUUAAAGCGUUUCCAGGGUUGCUCGUUUAAUCUUCACAUCGAUUUUGAGCAUCGAAUAUUUCAAAACAAUCAAGAAGAGAGAAGAAACGUGUUAGCACAACAGAUGACAGAAGAAGAUACUGUUUGUAUGAUGGAAUGAGACAAUUUCGAUCCCAUGACCCUUUACCUCAGGAGGUUGGGAACUUGUGAUCGUGGUAACAUUUUGUGUAGAUUAAGUGAGUUCAAUUAAUUUUAUUUGUUGAAAGAGGUUUAAUCGAGAAGAAAACGUUUUGAGCGGAUCAUACACCAAUUUACUUCCAGUAUUAAAACAAUGGUUUAAAAUAACGCAGAAGCUUUUCGGAUAUAAUUCUUCACUUCUAUGUCAUUAUAUUCAACUUUGUUUAGAAUUGGUUACCCAUUUGUGAACCAAUUUAUGCUAUCUAAAAUAUAUACCUACAAUAUAAGUCAUUCGAAUAGCGUUCACACGUUUUAUAUAUAAGAAGCCCGUUAAACAUGGAGAUGGGAUAUAAAGGGGCUUUUAGUUGCAACCCGCGAACUAUUAAAAAUAAAUAAAUUGAUAAAUUGUCACGGGGUCAAAUUUUUAAAAUUUUCAGGAAAAAUCCAUUAAACUUAAAAACACCCAGGGUUAGUUAAACCAAACAAAUGUUUCUUAUAAAAACUGUGUGUGAAUAUUUUUAAGAGCACUGUCCCAAAAAAAUAUAUUUAUAAAUAAAAUAAGAUUUAUUUUUAUAUUAAUAUUUUGUAACGACAAUUUUGAUGCUAAUUAAGAUUUUUUUGAACUUUUUUUAUGUUUUUGUUACAUGCUCAUAUUAUUUUUCUACGAUAAAUAUGUUGGCUGAUAAUUUUGUACACAUCCUACGGUGCGGAUAUUUCAUGCAAUUUGAAGAAAAUGUUUACGAUUCAAGUUUACAAUCCAAGUUUACUUUAUGCAUUUUGAAUAUUUUUAACUUUUUUGUGUAAAUGUAAUUGUGUAAUAAUCUGGUCAUGAAUAUACAUAGGCUAGUCACGUGAUAUUAGUUUGUUGUUUAAUGGCGCAAAGGAAACAGUAAAUCACAGAAAAGUCAUUUUGAAACAGUGUAUUCUUGAUUGCUUGAUGAUGAAGUUCGGAUUUGAGAACAGUUGAUAGUAAAAAUAUGUAGGAAAAAUUUCGUCUUAAAAUAGUUUCUCUUUUUAUAGUCAUCAAGGACAUUAUUAACGAGUUUCUUGUAACCCUUCAUAUGGUCUUGAUUUUAUCCACGAGAAAUUGUCUGCUAAAUCUUCACCCUAAUGUUUUAAAAAUAUUAUUGUUGAUAUUGUCUUAAGAGUGUCGUACUUUUAUUUUACUUCAACAUAUAUUAAAAAAUUUUUUUGCAAAUGUAGUUAAGACGUUUCCCUUUUAAAUCAUAUAUAUUUUUAAAAAUUAUAAAGUUUAAACGCAAAUCUCCACUAGAAGAUUUUCACCACUAUCGUCAAAUAUUUCGCGACGAUACGUACGCUGCAGCGAAAAAAACUUUUCGUCAAGUUUUAAACCAAUCAAAAAAACAGAAAAACUUUGUGGUUUAAAAAUAAUUUAAAGAUGGCAUCCGAAGAGCGCUAUCGUGUUGUGUUGUCCGAAUUAGUCCAGCAACAUCUUAGUGGAAACCAAACAAAAAGAAAAUAAAUAAAAAUCUUCUUCGAAGUAAAUACGUUAACAUCAGCCAUUUUGAAUUUAAACAAAAAAUCGUCUGAAAAUUAAUUUAAUUGCGGUAUGCUUCUUCGCUACUGUAGCUACUUCAGUUUCGUCACGAAAUUUUUGGCGAUCGUAAUAGGAAUCGUUGUGAAAGUGUUUUAGUGGAAAGUCGCCUUAAGGGAAGAUAUUUUUCUAUGUUGUAUGUUGGACACCUUGUAAAAUAUGUAAAUAAAUGAUGUUUUCCAUUGAACGGAUCACGCUUGGUAAACUCAAAACGUGAACCGGAAAAUCUUAACAUUUACCAUGGACGUGUAUUUAUUCGAUGGAUAACAGAUCUGCACUUAAUAUUGUAUAAGAUUGAUAGAAUAAAGAAGCAUCUUUUGGUAUUAAUCUUUCCAAAUAAUGUUUUAUAUCAAA